AUGGAGGGGCUCUGGUAUAACAGCAAGUUCUACAACAGCCCAGAGGACUUGGCUCAGAAAUAUGCAGCGCCCUUCUCGGGACAGAGCACCGGAAAGGGACCCCCACAGUCACCUGUGUUUGAAGGUGUCUAUAAUAAUUCCAGGAUGCUGCAUUUCCUAACUGCUGUGGUGGGUUCUACUUGUGAUGUAAAGGUGAAAAAUGGCACCACUUACGAGGGCAUUUUUAAGACUCUGAGCUCAAAGUUUGAACUGGCAGUAGACGCAGUGCACCGGAAAGCAUCUGAGCCAGCAGGUGGGCCUCGGCGGGAAGACAUUGUGGACACCAUGGUGUUUAAACCAAGCGAUGUUCUUCUUGUCCACUUCCGAAAUGUUGACUUCAAUUAUGCUACUAAAGACAAGUUCACUGACUCAGCCAUUGCCAUGAACUCUAAGGUGAAUGGAGAACACAAAGAGAAGGUGCUUCAAUGCUGGGAGGGCGGUGACAGCAACAGUGAUGACUACGACCUGGAAUCCGAUAUGUCCAAUGGAUGGGAUCCCAACGAGAUGUUCAAAUUUAAUGAAGAGAACUAUGGGGUGAAGACCACUUAUGACAGCAGUCUAUCUUCUUACACGGUUCCCUUGGAAAAGGACAACUCAGAAGAAUUUCGGCAGCAGGAGUUACGUGCAGCUCAGUUGGCUCGAGAGAUUGAGUCAAGUCCCCAGUACCGCCUACGGAUUGCCAUGGAAAAUGAUGAUGGUCGAACAGAGGAGGAAAAGCACAGUGCAGUUCAGCGGCAGGGGUCUGGGCAGGAGAGCCCCAGCUUGGUGUCCAGGGAGGGGAAAUAUAUCCCUCUGCCUCAACGAGUUCGAGAAGGUCCCCAGGGAGGAGUUCGAUGCAGUGGUUCUCGAGGAGGGCGGCCUGGCCUUAGCUCUUUGCCCCCUCGUGGCCCUCACCAUCUUGACCACAGCACCCCUGGCCCUGGGUCUGAGGCACGUGGUAUAAAUGGAGGCCCUUCCCGCAUGUCUCCAAGGCCUUUGAGAGGUGCCAAGACUUUAUCUUCUCCCAACAAUAGGCCUUCUGGAGAAUCGUCCGUUCCUCCAACACCUGCAGCUCUCCCUUUUCUUCCAGUGGGCCGGAUGUACCCUCCACGGUCUCCCAAGUCUGCUGCUCCCGCCCCAGUCUCCGCUUCCUGUCCUGAGCCUCCCAUUGGUUCAGCAGUAGUGUCCUCUGCCUCCAUCCCUGUGACAUCAUCAGUUGUGGAUCCUGGAGCAGGCUCUAUUUCCCCAGCAUCACCCAAAAUCUCCCUGGCCCCCACAGAUGUAAAAGAACUUCCGACCAAGGAGCCCGGUAGGACUUUGGAGGCCCAAGAACUGGCCCGAAUAGCUGGGAAAGUUCCUGGCCUUCAGAAUGAACAAAAACGAUUUCAGUUGGAAGAAUUGAGAAAGUUUGGAGCCAAAUUUAAGCUUCAACCUAGUAGCUCCCUAGAUCCAUUUCCUUCCCGGAUCUUAAAAGAAGAGGCCAAAGGAAAGGAGAAGGAAGUGGAUGGCCUAUUGACUUCAGAUCCCAUGGGAUCCCCAGUUUCUUCAAAGACAGAAUCCAUAUUGGAUAAGGAAGACAAACCACCCCUGGCAGCAGUAGGGGUUACUGAGGGGCCAGAGCAGCUCCCACCAUCUUGCCCCAGCCAAACUGGCAGUCCCCCAGUGGGCCUCAUCAAGGGAGAUGACAAAGAGGAGGGCCCUGUUACUGAACAAGUAAAGAAGUCUACUUUGAACCCCAAUGCCAAGGAGUUCAAUCCAACAAAGCCUCUGCAGUCUGUGAACAAAUCUACCAGUACUCCAACUUCACCAGGGCCCCAUACUCACUCAACACCUUCCAUACCGGUGCUGACAGCAGGCCAGAGUGGGCUCUACAGUCCCCAGUACAUCUCAUAUAUACCUCAGAUCCACAUGGGACCAGCUGUGCAGGCGCCUCAGAUGUAUCCAUAUCCUGUUUCCAAUUCGGUGCCUGGGCAGCAGGGCAAGUACCGGGGUGCAAAAGGCUCACUUCCCCUGCAGCGCUCAGACCAACACCAGCCAGCCUCCGCCCCUCCGAUGAUGCAGGCUGCUGCUGCUGCUGCUGGCCCACCCCUGGUGGCUGCUACACCUUAUUCUUCCUACAUCCCCUACAACCCACAGCAGUUCCCAGGCCAGCCUGCCAUGAUGCAGCCCAUGGCGCACUACCCUUCACAGCCGGUGUUUGCCCCUAUGCUUCAAAGUAACCCACGAAUGUUGACAUCGGGAAGCCACCCCCAGGCCAUUGUGUCAUCCUCCACUCCUCAGUACCCCUCUGCAGAGCAGCCUACCCCUCAAGCCCUCUAUGCCACUGUUCACCAGUCCUAUUCACACCAUGCUACACAGCUCCAUGGCCACCAGCCGCAGCCAGCCACCACACCUACUGGGAGCCAACCACAGUCCCAGCAUGCGGCCCCUAGUCCUGUUCAGCACCAGGCAGGGCAGGCCCCACACCUGGGCAGUGGACAGCCACAGCAGAAUCUGUACCAUCCAGGGGCCCUAACAGGCACGCCGCCUUCUCUACCACCGGGACCUUCUGCCCAGUCCCCUCAGAGCAGCUUUCCCCAGCCAGCUGCUGUGUAUGCCAUCCAUCCCCACCAGCAGCUGCCCCACGGCUUCACCAACAUGGCCCAUGUUCCGUCCUCGCUCAGUUGUGAACCAGCAGCCCCCCUCCCCACUGCCUCCCCAGCUCUCAGUGACCCCGACUGA